AUGUGUCCUACGCGCCGCUUCCGCGAAGUCUUCCAAGACAUCUUCGUUUGGGCUGUCGUCACUCUGGCCGACGCUCUUGCCCCGUCUUCGGAGUACGUUGCCGUCGAGAUUCUGGAAAGUGGCCCGAAUCUCCCAAGCAACAGCAGAGAAGUGAGGGAAGCGUACCGAAAAAAGAAGUUCGAAGAGGAGCAGAAGGCGUCCGAGCGAAGGCUGAUCCAGAAGGAGCGGGAGGCCGAGAUCCAGGCAGCUGCCGAGAAGAAGAAGCAGGACCUGGAGCGCCUCCAGCGCCUCCGCGAUCACAACAUCCUCCGCAAGGAGAAGGAGCGCAUUGCGCGGCUGGCUGCCAUGGCGGCAUGA